AUGGGCAAAAAUAAACGCCUGAAAUCCGGCACCGUAUCCACCAACUCGAGGAAAAAACAAAAAACUCCCAAAACUCUAACUCGUCCUUCGGGCGUCUCGAAGUCCACUUCGGCGCAAAAGCCCGCCUCCAAACCCACAACCACCCAAGCCAUCCACUCCAAGCCCACCAUCCCCUUCUCCCCCUCCGACGCCAUCCUCCUGGUAGGCGAAGGCGACCUUUCCUUCGCGCGCUCGCUAAUUGAAGAACACCGCUGCGAGAAUGUAACAGCGACGGUGCUGGAGAGCGAGAAGGAGCUGAAGGAGAAAUACCCGCACGUAGUGGAGAACGUGGCCGCCGUGGAGGAGGGAGGGGGCAGCGUGAGGUACGGGGUCGACGCUGGAAAGAUGAAGCCUUUCGUGGACGGGAAGGGGAGGAAGGGGCUGGGGGUCAUGGACAGGGUGUUCUUCAACUUUCCGCACGUGGGAGGCAAGAGUACGGAUGUGAAUCGGCAGGUUAGGUAUAACCAGGAGCUCCUGGUAUCGUUCUUCAAGCAGGCCUUGCCGUCCCUGUCUCCUACCAAAGGUAGCUCCAUCAUCGUCACGCUGUUCGAGGGCGAGCCUUAUACGCUGUGGAAUAUCAGAGAUCUAGGACGACAUUCAGGACUAGAGGUUGCGCAGAGCUUUAGAUUUCAAGCAAAGGCUUACCCGGGCUAUAAGCACGCGAGGACGUUGGGGGUUGUGAAGGGGAAAGAUGGGAAGAAGGGAGGUGGGUGGAGGGGCGAGGAGAGAAGUGCGAGGAGUUAUGUUUUUGUAAGAAAGGGGGAGGGUGCUGUUUUUGGGAACGGGAAGGGGAAGAGGGCGAAGAGCGUUAGUAGUGAUGAUGAUGAUGAUGAUGAAGAGAAGGACGAAGAGCCAGAAGAGGGGUUUGAGGAUAUUGAGGGGCUUGAAACUGGAUCAGAAAAUGAGCACGAGGAUGAGUAUUCCGACCACCCACCAGAAGACGAUUGA